UUUAAUACGCACUGUAUUGGGUUUUUGAAAAACAAACGCACGCGAUGGUGGAUCUGGUCGCUAAACAAAGCCUGAAUUGCAAUCAAGGCGCUGUUCGCGCGGUUCGGUACAACGUGGACGGUUCGUAUUGCUUCUCCUGUGGUUCGGACAAGAAGAUAAAGCUAUGGAACCCGCGGUCCGGUUUGCUGCUGAAAACAUACGGAGGCCACGCAGACGAGGUGAUGGACGCGGCCGGUAGUUGCGAAAGCAGCUUCAUCAUAUCCGCUUCCCUCGAUAAGAGCGUGAUUUACUGGGACGUAUCGACCGGUCUGCCGGUGCGCCGGUUACGCGGUCAUGCCGGAGGAGUGACAUGCGUACGGUUUAACGAGGAAUCUUCAAUCGCCGUAUCCGGCUCCAAGGAUAACACGAUCGCCUGCUGGGAUGUCCGCACACGUAAGCUCGACCCGGUACAGACGAUGCGGGAGGCCAAAGAUUGCAUUACGUCGCUCGUUGUGAGCGAGCAUAAGAUAGUGUCCGCUUCGCUGGACGGCUCGAUACGGCAGUACGAUAUCCGGGCCGGUGAGCUCGUUUGUGAUACCAUCGGGGUGCCCAUCACCCAUCUUGUUCAAACCAGCGAUGGCCAGUGCUUGCUGGCCGCCUGUUCCGACGGAGUCAUAAGACUGAUCGACAACGACACUGGAGAACUGCUGUCCGAGUACAAAGGCCACCGGGUGGAUGAUUAUCACAUCGAAUGCGGCAUCAUAUCGUCGGACACGAAGAUCAUCUCGGGAUCAGCGGAAGGGGUGGCCAUCAUUUGGGAUCUCCUGGAAGGUACCGAGGUGCGAAGGCUACGCAUAGGCAGCGAAGUAGUGCACUCGCUGGCCACACAUCCCACGGGAAACGAUGUACUCUUUGCUCGUAAGCGACAUCUGGAAGUAUGGGGCCAUCCGGACGAGGAUCCCGAAGACGCAUAGAGAGACGAUAGUAAUUUUUAAAAUAAAAUAAGCUGAGAAGACA